UGCUCAGUGCCAGGCAUUCAUUCCCUGUGUACAGUUCAAGUGAAAUCAGUUUCUGCUCUCAGGGAAGGAGCCAUGGCAGCCGUGUUUCUCCCUGGGAACCUCCAAGACGAAGCCACUUGCUCGGUCUGCUUGGAGUUUUUCAAAGAUCCGGUGUCCAUUGAAUGUGGCCACAAUUUCUGCCGAGCCUGCAUCGCAAAGAGCUGGAAGGAGCUGGAAAUGGACUUCCCCUGCCCUCAAUGCCGAGAGGUAUUUCAGCACAAGAGCUUCAGGCCCAACAGACAGCUGGCUAACAUGUCCGAGAUUAUCAGCCAGUUCACCACACGCGGCGUGAAGGGGAGCGAGGAAGACGGGUUUUGUGAGAAGCACAGGGAAGCGCUGAAACUCUACUGCAAAGAUGAUCAGAAGACAAUCUGUGUGGUAUGCGACAGGUCCCGGGAGCACAGGCCUCAUACAGUAGUGCCCAUAGAUGAGGCUGCAGAGGAGUACAAGGGGCAAGUUCAGAGCCGUUUGGAUAACCUGAAGAAAGAGAGACAAGAAUUGCUGGAGUUCAAAUCAAAUGAUGAUAAGAAAACCCAAGACCUAUUGAAAACUAUAGAGAUAGAGAGGCAGAAGCUCUUCUCAGAAUUCGAGGCGCUGCGCCAGUUCUUGCAUGACCAAGAGCAUCUCCUCUUGGGUCAGCUGGAGAAGAUGGAGAAGGGCAUCUCCAAGAGACAGAACGAGAACAUCACAGAGCUCUCCAAGGAAAUUUCACUUCUCAACAAGCUGAUCGCAGAGCUAGAAGAGAAAAUCCAGCAACCAGUGCUUGAGCUCCUCAAGGAUGUGAUGAGCAUUGUAAGCAGAAGCAAUGAUGUGAAGUGUCAGAAGCCAGUGCCGGUUUGUACGGAUAUGAAAAACCAUGUCUGCAACUUCUCUCUCAAGACUGUUAUCUUAGAAAAAGUGCUAAAGAAAUUUAAAGAGAAUCUGCGAGAUGAAUUGGGAAAAGGUGAAAAAGAGGACCUGACUCUGGAUCCAGAUUCUGCAAAUCAACUCCUCAUCUUAUCAGCAGAUCUCAAGAGCGUAAGGAUGGGAUGCAGGAAGCAGGAGUUGCCUGACAACCCCAAGCGAUUUGACACAAAUUCCCGGGUCCUGGCCAGCACAGGAUUCAAAUCCGGGAGACAUUACUGGGAGGUAGAGGUGGGGGCCUCCGACGGCUGGGCUUUUGGGGUGGCCCGGGAAUCAGUAAGGAGGAAAGGCCUAACUCAGUUUUCACCUGAAGAAGGAAUCUGGGCAAUGCAGCAAAACGGUGGGCGAUACUGGGCCGUCACUUCCCCUCAACGCACCCCUCUUUGUCUCAGCGAGAAACUCAAUAAGGUCAGAGUUUACCUGGAUUACGAAGGGGAAGAGGUGUCGUUCUACAACGCCGAGAACAUGCAGCACAUCUUUACAUUCACUGUUCCUUUCAAGGAGAGGGUGUUCCCACUCUUUUCAGUCUGCUCCACCGUGACCUACAUUAAACUGUGUUCUUGAAAUUCAUGAAAUAUUUUGCUGAAGAUUUGUUUAUAUGCUCUUUACAGAAAGGUGCUAAGAUACCAUCGAGGUAAGCCUGGUAUCGAUGUGAUAGAGAGAUAGAUAGACAGACAGAUAGAUACUCAAAAAAGUUAUUACCAGAGGGUCAUGAAAGUAGUGCUUGCUACAGAAAACUAAAACCAACAACAGCUAUUGAGAUAACCAUAAUCAGCAAUCUCCAGACCGUUUCUACGUAUUGCGCACUCCUAAACUUAUCGCUGAACCAACUUCCUGCUUAGCGAGAACACUGGUGUAUGCCCUAUGUCCUCAAGACUGCUAAUGAAUCUGCAUUUUUCCCCUCUGGGGGGUACAAAUAUUAACAUUAGGGCUGACUUGAAAUUCUCUACUGGAACUUUUUUUCCAUUGGAAAAUACCAGUUGAUCAAAACUGAGAUGUUGAGCAGAUGCAUGUCAAUUUCAAUGAAGUUUCAUUUUGAAAAUAAAACUCUGGAUGGAAUAUUUUGAAAUAUUUCCAUUUAGAAAUGGCUUUUGACUUCUAAUUUUUCUUCUAAUAUUGUAACAGAACAUUUUGCUUUUAUCAAAAAUUAAAAUCAAUUAAUGAUUUUUUGUUUGUGGUCUCUCCAGCUCUAUCAACACAAGACAAUGUAUCCCAGGGUUCAGCUCUCUUUUAGGAACGGCAGGAUGAAUUAACACAGCUCUGCCCUAAGGUGGCCGAAUGCCCUCUGCCACCAUUUCUCCCCGUGCCAAAUGCCUGCACAAGCUGUCAGGCCCCAUACAACCUUGGUGGGCUGGACAGAAUCACUUUGAGAGCCAGAUGUGGAUGGAGGUUGUAGGUUGCUAACCUCUGUUUUAUUUGAAGCACUGGGGAUUUCUGGUCCUGUGCCCAGGCAUACUUCUAAAAUUUAACUCCCCUCCCUCCACCAUGUGCAAGGGACAGAAGAAUAUUUUGCUUCCUGAACUAAGUGCAAGAAAUGACAUGCAAGAAUAUCUGCUAUGACUUUACACUUCUGAAACUCUUAGGUGCUUUAGGAAAAUUUCCCCCUACAAUCCUUACGUAGUAGACACUAUAAUCUACGCACCGCAUUAUGGUUAUCCUAAUGGUUUGCCUGGUUCAUAUAUAGACUUGAGCUGUUUACAUAAUACUUUAUGAUGUAAUAAUUCACUUUCUUUGGCUUGCUGUAUACUGGGUAGAGCUGGUUGACAAUUUUCAUUUGAAAUGAUUUUUUUGACAAAAAUGGCUGUUUAUCAAAUGGAAAAUGUCCAGUUUGGGGACAUUUUGGGGAGGUUUCACAUUUAGCAAGAAACCUAAAAAACAAUAAUGUUACAGUUCCACUCAUCUGAAAAAAAAAAAAAAGCCCAUUUUAUUUUUCAUUAUUUAUGACCUUUCCAAAACUUCUGAAAAGGUAUUUCAAUUUUAAAAAUCCAUCAUUUUAUGCAGAAACACAUAACAUUUUUGACCUGCAAUAAUCCCAGAAAAUGGUAUAAUUUCAGCAAUUGAUUUAGUUGAACUGAUGAUCGUGAUUCAUAUUUGUUUAGUCUUCCAGCUAAACUGGUGCUAAUACCGGUUCCAUUCAGCCAGUGGUUUUCAAUCUCUUUAGAUUCAAGGUACCCCCCCAUGAGACCCAAGACACCUCUCCAAAUACCUCACUUAGUUUCACUCAUUUUUUUGACCACAGAAAACAUAAUAGAGCAUUUUUUCUGGUGCAAAGAACUCAGAAAGACCACAACAGGUCAGAAAGUUUUUUUUACACAAAAGAUUCCUGUUUGAAGUCUUUGGAUUUAUUUUGUGAUUAAUUUGUAGGUGUUUGCAUCCCCAGAAGAGCUAAUAUUGCACAUCACCUUGCAACACCCUUAAAAGGAUCUAAUGGCACCCCAGGGUGCCACAGCACUAGCUGAGAAUCACUGCAUUAAACCACUUACGGUAAUGGUGCAAUUUCAGUGAUCCCCAUUUUCAAUCUCAUCUAUACCAUAAAUUCAACUUACCUCAGGGAAAAAAAACAUUAUCCAUUACUAGGGACAUACACCUAGUAGUCAUAAAGAGAGGGGUAGUUAUGAUUCCCUAGGGCUGUCAUACCUUCAGUCAACCUAGAGUUUAACACUAAGCUGUGAAACCAUAUCUAGUAUGUUCAAAGAUUUAGAAAUAUCUUACAGACACGUCACUUAGUUUACCGCUGGGAGGCACUCAGAUGCUACAGCAAUGAGUGAUACGAGAAGUGAAUAGAAUGCAAUAGAAGUAUGAAUUUAUGCUAAGAAAAUGUGCACGCAAAUUUCUUCUAUAGUGCAAUUCCAGUAGUGACGGCUAGAGGGCAAAUGGUUUUCAAGCAUAUUUGUGACUGUCUCACUGAAGGCCUUGUCCAUAGAAAAUACUUGCACUGCUUUUAUUAAACUGAUCUAAUUAAACCAAAUCAACCGUUUCCUCAAAAGCAGCUUAUUUUAGGUUAACUUAAACCUGUGCCCUAAUUAACUAAUGCAAAACGCAAGGAAGUCUUACCUAGACAGAGAAAUUGAUAGCCUCCUGCGUUCCAAAAGGACUACUCUGCUAUAGUUAUUUUGGUAAACUGUAGUUGUUCUGGGAUGAUCCCAUAAAAUGGACCUUCUGCUCUGAAAGGCAAGUUAUUUGAGAACAGUGUGUCUAUAUAACGGUUUAUUUCAGUGUAGUGAUUGGUUCGUUUCCCAAAGGAGACGGUAAGACUAUUCUGAAAUGGAACAAAGGGUUUGUACUGUUUUAAAUAAUUUAGCUUAAUGCACAAUUUUAGUUAUAACUGUGCCACACUCUGCGUACAUCAACUUUCUUGUGUUAACAGUGCAGGCUGUUUUCAACACUAGUGAUUUUCUGAAUUUCUCUUCAGUUCAUUCUCACCGCGGUAACUCUACCCAUGGGAACUCUAGCGUAGACUAAUUGGUUUCCUGUCAAAGUGGUUUUGGAAAAGAUGGUAGUAAAAGCAAACGUGGCUGGUUUAUCUUAAGUUUUUAAUGAAUUCUUACAAAAGCUGAUUGAAGUCAACCGACUUUAGUGGGCUUUGGACCUACUGGCACAAUGCAGAGAGAUUUUUCAGAAUACUGCCAGUCGAGACAGAUCAUUGUUAGGGUGAAGGCAGUUUUACCAGGUCUAAAGACCUGAAAAGUACAAAAGUAAAUUAAGCCAAUUUAAAUAAGAGCCACACUGGUUCAAGUGCACCUGUGCUGAGGAUUUUCCUUAGUUUUCCUAGAAAGAUUGUAGAUUUCCUUUUGAAAGCCAGGCCUAUCACUGCAUGGUACCAGUGGCCAAAAUACCUGAGCCUCAUCUGUCCUAUAGCCACCAUGAUAGAAGAGCAGAAAAGGACUGACACUAUCCAUAGGGUAGGUGGGGAUUCGCUGUGAGACUCUUUCUUUUGUUUUUAUGCUAUGACUUGAUGCAAGUCCUAUUUGUACACAAUGCAUACCUCUUCCAUUCUCUUGAUGUACAAGUGGUUUAAAGAUCAAUGGCAAAUAAUUCAUCGUUUGGUUGGGUUUGGAAACUCAGUGACUGGCGAGAAGCCUUGUGCUAGAAAUAAAAUCUGAUGGCACCAUC